AUGUUUUCAUUAAAUAAUAUCCUUGAUUUCCAAACUGGGCUUGGAGCUAUAGCCAAUAUAUUUCUUCUUUUUUUCUACACUAUGAUAAUCCUGUGUCACAGAUCUAAGCCCAUGGACUUGAUCUCCUGUCAGUUGACCUUCAGUCACAUAAUGAUGUUUCUCACUGGAGGGCAUGCUUGGCUUAAAGAUUUCUUUGGGUCAAUGAACAUUGGCAAUGACUUCAUAUGUAAGGCAAUUGCUUACAUAAACAGAGUGAUGAGAGGCCUCUCUAUCUGCAUCACCUGCCUCCUGAGUGUGUUCCAGGCUGUGACGAUCAGUCCCAAUUCCUCUUUGUUGGCUAAAUUUAAACAUAAACUAAAAACAUACAUGAUCUAUUCUCUCUUCUAUUUUUGGUCUUUCAAUUUGUCAUUCAGCAGUAACCGGAUCUUUUAUACUGGUGCUUAUACAAAUGUGAGUGAGACCAACCAGUUGAAGGUCACUAAAUACUGCUCACUUUUCCCCAUGAACUACAUCAUCAAGGGACUGAUUUUAACCAUGACAACCUUAAGAGAUGUAUUUCUUGUAGGAGUCAUGCUGACUACAAGCACAUACAUGAUGAUUAUCUUGUUCAGACAUCAGAGGCAAUGCAAGCAUCUUCAUAGCAUCAGCCAUCUGAGAGCCUCACCUGAGAAAAGGGCCACCCAGACCAUCUUGCUGCUGGUGAUUUUCUUUGUGGUCAUGUACUGGGUGGACUUUAUAAUCUCAUCCUCCUCAGUCCUGUUAUGGAUGUAUGACCCAGUCAUCCUGACUGUUCAGAAGUUUGUGAUGAAUGCCUACCCCACAAUUACUCCUUUGGUACAAAUCAGUUCUGAUAACAGAAUAAUCAUGAUGCUAAAAAAUAUGCAAAAAUUAUGUCACCAGAUUUUUAAAAAAGUGUAA